AUGACCGGCAUCCUGAACGUCGGAGACGAGCCGAUCUUCGAUGAUCGUAUCGUCAAAAUCGAGACUCACGCGUACAACCCGUUCGCCAACACGACAUUUGAGUACAGCGACGAGAUAAGAAUACCCAUACAGCAACAGGAUCUGUACACAUUGCCGUGCGACAGUUAUCUGUAUAUCGAGGGAAAACUAACGAAGAACAGAAGGAUCGAGGGAGCUGACGUGGCUUUGACAAAUAAUUGCGUCGCGUUCAUGUUCGAUGAAAUUCGAUACGAACUCGACGGCGUGGAGAUCGAUCGCUGCAGAAACGUGGGCAUAACUAGCACGCUCAAACAUUAUGUCACAACCUCGUCCGACAGAAGCGUGAUUCUGAGGAACGCCGGCUGGGACCCGCUCACCAGCAACGAGGGAUUCUUCAAUUUCUGCGUACCUCUCUAUGCGCUGCUGGGAUUCUGCGAAGAUUACAAACGCGUGGUGAUCAACGCUCGUCACGAGUUGAUCCUUAUACGAUCGCACAACAAUUGCUUGACGGGAAAUCAAGCGAUGGAGCCUUGA